UGACACAUUUACCAUCAUCACCAAGUAUUGUCACAAGAAUUCAAGUAGAAAACAAAUACUAUUUCAUUUUCAAAAAUGACUUCUUCAAAGUUAAGGCAUUCUUGUUCCUUCCCAAUUUUACUUCUUUCUUUUUUGAAUUUCAUUCUUUUAAUUCUCUCAGCAGCCUCAGUAGCUCCUAUAGUUGUCCUCAAAACUCCACCAACUUCACUAGGUUGGUCUUUCCUCAUGGUUUCUGCCAUAUCACUUCUUUCUUGUUUCAUUGGUUUCUAUUCCCAACUAACUCAUUGUUGCUUCAUAACACACCUCUCCCUUCUCUUGGCAUCGUCCAUCGGCCAAUUACUAGGCAUUCUAGCCUUGUUCACUAAGGAAAAAUCGAGUCUUUCGAUGCUGAAAUCACCGAGAGACCCUAGAGAAGCUAAAGUUUUGGUGAGAUUGGAAUGUGGGGUUUUGAUGGCUAUGUUUGUAAUGCAAUUGGGAGUGUUGGUUUUGACUUGUGCAGUGCAGAGUUGUUGGGUGAGAGAUUAUGAAGGUCUUGAGGCAGAGAGAGAGGCAUGGUCAAGGAAGAGGAAUCAGAGGAUUGCAAAAGUUCAAGAAGAGUCUAUGGCAAAUGCAACAAAGAUUUCUGAAAUGAAAGCUAAGGAGUUGGAUGAGAAGAUUAAGAACAAAUAUGGUCAGUGGGUAAAAACUGAUUUUGAAGGCUAGGUUCAUACAGAAGCAAAUUAAGGUCUUAAAUAUGCAUUUGUUGGGUGUAGUAGUUGUUCUAAUGAUGUUUUUGAGAGUCACUAGUGGGUGGCUAUAUUUGGGAUUUGGAGAUUGUUUUUAUUAGUGUAAAUAAAGCCUUGUUACAACUUUUAUCUUGAUGCAAAAUAUGUCCCAUUCAGUUAUGCAUUUGUUCUCACCAAUUUCCAGUGUAAUAUAUUAAAAGUUCUUUA